CCCGCCGCACCCGCCGCCCGCCGCGCGCGUGCCGCACCCUCCGGCCCGACCCCGCCGCCCGCGCGCCCGCCAUGGAGCCCGCCGCCCCCCGCCGCCGCCACACCCACCUGCGCGGCUACGCCCUCACGCGGAACCCCCACCUCAACAAGGACUUGGCUUUUACCCUGGAAGAGAGACAGCAAUUGAACAUUCAUGGAUUGUUGCCACCUAGUUUCAUCAGUCAGGAUAUCCAGGUCCUUAGAAUAAUGAAAAAUUUUGAGCGUCUGAACUCUGACUUUGACAGGUAUCUUCUCUUAAUGGAUCUUCAAGAUAGAAAUGAAAAGCUCUUCUAUAGAAUGCUAAUGUCUGACAUUGAGAAAUUCAUGCCUAUUGUUUAUACUCCCACCGUGGGUCUGGCUUGCCAACAAUACAGUUUAGCAUUUCGGAAGCCAAGAGGUCUCUUUAUUAGUAUCCAUGACCGAGGACAUAUUGCUUCAGUUCUUAAUGCAUGGCCAGAAGAUGUCAUCAAGGCUAUUGUGGUAACUGAUGGAGAACGUAUUCUUGGCUUGGGAGACCUUGGCUGUAAUGGCAUGGGUAUCCCUGUGGGUAAAUUGGCUCUGUAUACGGCUUGUGGAGGGAUGAAUCCUCAGGAAUGCCUGCCUGUCACUUUAGAUGUGGGAACAGAAAAUGAGGAAUUACUUAAAGACCCAUUAUACAUUGGAUUACGGCAGAGAAGAGUGAGAGGUCCUGAGUAUGAUGCUUUUUUGGAUGAGUUCAUGGAGGCAGUUUCUUCCAAGUAUGGCAUGAAUUGCCUUAUUCAGUUUGAAGAUUUUGCCAAUAGAAAUGCAUUUCGUCUCCUGAAUAAGUAUCAAAACCAGUAUUGCACUUUCAAUGAUGAUAUUCAAGGAACAGCAUCUGUCGCUGUUGCGGGUGUCCUUGCAGCGCUUCGAAUAACCAAGAAUAAACUGUCUGAUCAAACAAUACUAUUCCAAGGAGCUGGAGAGGCUGCCUUAGGUAUUGCAAACCUGCUUGUUAUGGCCAUGGUAAAAGAAGGCUUAACAAAGGAGAAAGCCAGAAAAAAGAUAUGGUUGGUUGACUCAAAAGGACUUAUAGUUAAGGGACGAGCUGCCCUAACAGAAGAGAAAGAAGAAUUUGCCCAUGAACAUGAAGAAAUGAAGAACCUAGAAACCAUUGUUCAAAAAAUAAAACCAACAGCCCUCAUAGGAGUUGCUGCAAUUGGUGGUGCAUUCUCUGAACAAAUUCUCAAAGAUAUGGCUGCCUUCAAUGAACGGCCUAUUAUUUUUGCUUUGAGUAAUCCAACUAGCAAAGCAGAAUGUACUGCAGAGCAGUGCUAUAAACUAACCAAGGGACGUGCAAUUUUUGCCAGUGGUAGUCCUUUUGAUCCAGUCACUCUUCCAAAUGGACAAACCCUGUAUCCUGGUCAAGGCAACAAUUCUUAUGUGUUUCCUGGAGUGGCUCUGGGUGUUGUGGCAUGUGGAUUGAGACACAUCACAGAUAAGAUUUUUCUCACUACUGCUGAGGUUAUAGCUCAGCAAGUGUCAGAUAAACACUUGGAAGAGGGCCGACUUUAUCCUCCUUUGAACAAAAUUAGAGAUGUUUCUCUGAAAAUUGCAGAAAGGAUUGUGAAAGAUGCAUACCAAGAAAAGACAGCCACAGUCUAUCCUGAACCCCAAAAUAAGGAAGCGUUUGUCCGGUCUCAGAUGUAUAGCACUGAUUAUGAUCAGAUUCUACCUGAUUGCUAUUCUUGGCCUGAAAAGGCCCAUGCAAUACAGACCAAACGUGACCAGUAGUAUAGUAGUGGACCUUUCUAACUGCAUUAAUGAGAUCUUGAAGUAUUUCAUAAUUUUUAAAUAUUGGAAUCUUUUAUAAUGAUUCAGAAUAGGAUAGAUUAGGAUAAUUAUGCUUUAACAAUCUAAAAAUUUAUGAAAAACAUUAAUACACUUUCAGGUAAACAUCA